ACUUUCAGGGUAUAAGAAUUUGCUCUAUCGCCAGGGAUAACCCGGACCCCUCCCCCAAGUAAAAGCCAUUUCAGCCAGUUCUGACCCCUCUUUCAAUCAAUGGCUCUAUCUCUCCUGAGACUCAAGCCCAACCCGCCAUCUUCCCUUCUAUCCCUGCAGCGCCAUACAUCUAUCAAGUCGGUCGCGAGAAUGUCUACGUCCUCGAAAUCUUCCAAGUUCAGUCAUCUUCCCCGGGCUUCGUCCGGACCUUUGGUGUGUCCGUUUGAGGGGAGAGAUGCUCUGCAGUCAUGCCAGUUCAAUAAAGGCUCGGCGUUUACAGAGGAGGAGCGCAAAACAUUCAAGCUUCAUGGUCUGCUUCCUCCCAACAUUCAGACCCUCGAGGAGCAGGUUCAGCGGGCCUACGAGCAAUAUAGCAGUCGAGAUAAUGAUCUGGCUAAGAACACGUUUAUGGCUAGUAUGAAGGCGCAGAAUGAGGUUCUUUACUACAAGUUGAUUGAUACCCAUCUCAAGGAGAUGCUCAGCAUUAUUUACACUCCCACUGAAGGCGAUGCAAUUCAGAACUAUUCUCGAUUGUUCCGGAAGCCAGAGGGCUGUUUCCUGAACAUCAGGGACCAAGACAGGAUUGAAGAGUGCCUUUCCAAUUUCAGCCGCGGCGAAGAAGUCGACUAUAUAGUCGUUAGCGAUGGCGAAGAGAUCUUAGGAAUUGGUGACCAAGGCGUAGGCGCUAUCUUGAUCUCGGUUGCCAAAUUAGCCCUGACCACGUUGUGUGCUGGGAUACACCCAAGUCGGCAAUUGCCAGUGGUUCUAGACUGUGGGACAGAUAAUGAAUCACUUCUCACGGACGAGCUAUACCUGGGUCUCCGACAGUCGCGCGUCAGAGGCGAGGAAUAUGAUCAGUUCGUGGAAAAGUUUGUGGAAACGGCUCGAAAGAGGUUCCCACGCGCGUAUAUACACUUCGAGGAUUUUGGCCUUCAUAACGCCAAGAGAAUCUUGGAUAAAUUCAAAUCGCGUAUCCCGUGCUUCAAUGACGAUAUUCAGGGAACUGGCUGUGUCACCCUGGCUGCCUUGUUGUCCGGAUUCCACGUGGGUGGUAUCGAAUUAGAGGAUGCUCGUGUUGUCGUCUUUGGAUCUGGAUCAGCGGGCACUGGUAUCGCGGAGCAGCUCGCUGAUACCAUCGCAACUGAAACACACAAACCUAAAGAAGAAGCCUCAAAGCAGAUAUGGUGUCUCGACAAACCGGGUCUUCUGGUCAAAUCGCUCGGAGACCAGCUGACGCCAGCCCAAGUACCCUUUGCGCGAGACGACAAAGAGUGGCCUGAUGCGGAUUCGCGCGAUCUGCUUUCAGUAGUGAAGAAGGUGAAGCCGCAUGCCUUGAUCGGUACCUCCACUAAACCGAACUCUUUCACCGAGGACGUGAUCCGGGAAAUGGCGAAGCACGUCGAAAAGCCAAUCAUAUUCCCCCUCAGUAACCCGACUCGUCUGCACGAGGCACAGCCUGAGGACAUCAAACGUUGGACUGAUGGCCGGGCUUUGAUAGCCACCGGCAGCCCUUUCCCACCCGUCGAUCGCAACGGGGGAAAGUAUGAGAUAGCGGAAUGUAACAACUCGACAUGCUUUCCCGGGAUCGGGUUGGGCGCAGUCCUGUCGCGAACACGAACGUUGUCCAACAAGAUGCUUGUGAGUGCAGUCAAGGCAUUGGCAGCGCGGUCGCCAGCACUGCAGGAUCCCAACGGACCUCUCCUACCUGAUGUCAGAGAUGUACGGGAGCUUAGCGUCGACAUCGCCAAAGCCAUUAUUAAGACGGCAGUCAAAGAAGGGCAUGCUGAAGAGGAGGGAAUUCCCACGAAUGAAGAUGAGUUAGAAGAGUGGAUUCGGGCGCAAAUGUGGGAACCCGUAUACAGGCCCCUUGUGAAGCCACAAAAACAAUGAGGAGAGUAAGUUUCCCACAAGGAGGCUGUGCACUCCCAAGCCGAGCCAGGCUCGGUUGUUCGGCACCAGGCGGAGUUGAUGAUGAGGCUCUGUCGGAGGUCAUCAGAUAAUUCAACAAUAACUUUAAUAAUGCAUACCGAAUUUUGUUGGAGGACAUAAGCAUCAC